GAACUCUUCAGUGUUUUGGAUUGAGCAACAGGGAACCGAGGACACGUGCGUUUACAAAUGUGAUGGGAAAAGCUAAGAAAGUUCGUGUGUCAAAGACACCUGGGGAAGGAGACAGAGGCCAAUCGCUUGCAGAUCAAAUUUUAGACGACAAAUCAAUCAGACAGACGAAUCGAGUGAAGAUUCGAACGAGAAAAGAUGACGACGAUGAGUUUGUUGACAACAAGUUAUCCAGGAAAAUUCUUCAGCAAGCUCGUAAACAGCAGGAAGAAUUGGAAGAUGAACAUGGAUUAAAAAAAAAAUCUGCAGACAAGAAGACUGUAUCCCUAGGCAGUUCUGGAGCAGUGGGUGGGUCCUCAGGGAGAAGGCCACUUCCUAGUGGGUCUGAUGAUGAUGAUGACGACGACGAGGAUGAAGACUCUGAUACAAAUGAAUGUUAUGACACAAUUGAGGUUGAUAAAGAUGAUGAAGCAGCUCUCCAGAUGUUCAUGUCGAAGGAGCCACAGGUACGACGAACUCUGGCCGAUAUUAUACAGGAGAAAAUUACAGAGAAACAGACCGAGAUACGCACUCAGAUGUCAGACAAUGCCAGUGUCCAGAUGCAGGAGCUAGACGAGCGCAUCGUAAACAUGUACAAGAGUAUAAAGCAAGUUUUACAGAGAUACAGAAGUGGGAAGCUCCCUAAAGCGUUCAAAAUUGUCCCCAACCUUCGCAACUGGGAACAGAUUUUAUACCUAACGGAACCAGACAGCUGGUCUGCUGCCGCAAUGUACCAGGCAACACGAAUAUUUGUGUCCAAUCUCAAUGCUAAGAUGGCCCAAAGGUUUUUCAACCUUGUUUUAUACCCAAGAAUACGUGAUGACAUUGCAGAAUACAAACGAUUGAAUUUUCAUUUAUAUAUGGCUAUAAAGAAAUCACUUUUCAAACCUGCAGCUUUUUUCAAAGGAAUCCUGCUACCUUUAUGUGAGGCUGGCGAUUGCACAUUACGAGAAGCAGUGAUAGUUUCCAGUAUCCUUGCCAAGAACUCCAUACCAAUGCUGCACUCAGCGGCAGCCAUCUUAAAAAUAGCCGAGAUGGACUACAACGGUGCUAACAGUAUAUUUCUGCGUACUCUGCUCGAUAAAAAGUACGCCCUACCUUACCGAGUGGUCGAUGCUGUUGUAUUCCAUUUUAUCAGGUUUACAUCGGAUAAGAGAGAAUUACCUGUCUUGUGGCACCAGAGUUUCCUGACAUUCGCACAGCGAUACAAGGAGGACAUAUCUAGUGAACAGAAGGAAAGUCUAUUAGAACUGUUACGUGCACACUCUCAUGGUCUGAUUACACCGGAGAUACGGAGAGAACUACAGCGCUCAAAGUGCCGUGAUCAGGAGGUCGGGGAAGGUGGAGAACCCAUGGCAACGGGAAUGACCCUUAGUGAUCAGGGCAUGGGGGAGAAGGGGAUGGUAGUCAGUGAUUCUGAUUAAUUGGGAGGAAUUCUAUAAUAAAACUAAAAACUGUGAAUGUGAUUGAUAUUGGAACCCGACAUUGAAAAGUAUGCUGUUUUGACAUCAUGUUUUAAUUUCUCUGGAUUUGAAUCCUGUCAUAAAUUAUUUUACGUAUUUGAAGGACACAGCCUUAUAUAGCCAGUUUUUAUACCAGACAUUGAUACUGAAAUGUGCUCAUUGAAAAAAAUAUCCUUUUGGUAGGCAAAUUUAAAAGUUAAAUUGGGCCUCAAAGCUCAUUGAGGAUUCUUAAUUAAGCAGCUAAGAGAGUCUGCAAACUUUGUGUUUAUCAACUUAGAAUCUUCUUUCUCGGAUUGAGAUACCAAGGUCAGACCCCAUAGCGGCUUGAUUCUAUUAGUCUUUUGCGAGCCUUUACUACACAAAAGAGAAGAGUUAGUACAUUUUGUACAUGUUUCUGAAGUUACAUUAUAAAUAUAAUCUGAAAGGAGUGUUCAUAUGGUAAUGAAUGCAUAAAACAUGUUUAUUUAUAAAAUUGUUCAUAAUGUUUUGUCUAGGACAGAUUUCUUUGUCAGUGAAUUCAACAUAAAUAUAUAUAUAUAUAAUUGGUCAUGUUGUAAAAACGACAGAACAGACAAGUAAUAUAAGUUGCCAAAAUUUUAUGGCAAUCCUCCCUUUAAUCAAGACAUAAGUAAAUUACAAACAAAUACAGGCAUUGGAUAUGAAAUAGUUCCAUAAGAUUCAACAAUUAACUUGUCUGUACUGUCGUUAUUACUACAUAACGUAUUUCUAGUGAUGCACAUCUAGUGAACGUUGUUAUUACUUACUAGACAUUAUAUAUAUACAGGUUACACAAGGAGUGGCUGUUGGAUAUGGAAUUUAUUUCACUCGAGUAAGAUUUUUUUUAAAGUUACAAAAGACACAAGCUUUAGCGAGCUGUAUGUCUUUUAUAACUUUUAAAAAAUAACUUUAGAGUGUGAAAUAAAUUCCAUAUCCAACCAUCAUGAGUCGUGUGACCUGUUUCUACCACAGUAAUAUCGGCUUGAAUCAAAGGGAAACGUGGCCAAGUCUUCUUUCGCGUAUGCAAAUUAGGUGUACAGGUGACGGCUGGGAUCCAGUGAUGUGAUGUCAUUCGAUUAUUGAUGACGUCAAUAACAAUUGCAGCUCAGGUAAAAGUUUGAAUUCUUGACCAAUCAAAAGACUGGGAGGUUAUAUUCCACUAGUUAAUAUAUACAAUGGCUUGAGAAUGGAAUAACAGUGUAUUGUGGUAGGAAUGAUAUUAAGUUUCGGCUAGCAGGCUAUAACUGAAAAACGUUAAAUUAGUUUUUUGAGUGAAAAAGAAAUUGAAAAAAGGCCAAGAAAGUUUGAAAUACAAACUGUUGGAGUACAAAAUCAUAUUGUAUUCAUUGUUGAGAAAUAGUUUUGUUGAAAAUAAAGGUAUGUGGCAAUGUUA